AUGGUUCAGGAAAGUACGAUGAUUUGCGUUGAUAAUUCCGAGUGGAUGCGAAAUGGUGAUUUCGCACCAACUCGUUUGCAAUGUCAACAAGAUGCUGUGAAUUUGGUGUUGCAGUGUAAACUUCGUGCUAAUCCGGAAAAUGCUGUUGGUUUGAUUGCGAUGGCUGAUACCGUGGAAGUGCUGACAACUUUAACCCAGGAAAACGGAAAACUAUUUAUGAAACUUCAUCAAGUGGAACCAAAGGGUGCAUCAAAUUUUAUCAAUGCAAUCAAAGUGGCACACUUGGCGUUAAAACAUCGUCAAAAUAGAAAUCACAAAAUGCGGAUUGUUGUCUUUGUUGGUAGCCCAAUUGAUCAUUUGAAUUCUGCUGAACUUACAAAGCUUGCGAAGAAGUUAAAAAAAGAGAAAGUCCAAGUAGAUGUUAUAUGUUUUGGUGAAGCGGAUUCAACCGAUAGUGAAAUUAUGGGACAGUUUAUCGAAACGUUAAAUGGAAAAGAAGGUAGUGGUUCGAAUUUGGUAGUUGUUCCGGCUAGCUCAUCGCUUACGGAAGCAUUAGUCUCUUCACCAAUAUGUCGCGGUGAGGAUGGUACUGCUGCACCAGUAGUAGCUUCAGGUGGAGGUGGAUUUGAGUUCGGGAUUGAUCCUGAAGAUGAUCCUGAUUUAGCACUGGCACUUCGUGUCUCAUUGGAGGAACAACGACAACGACAAAGAGGUGGCGGUACAGAUGAUGGUGAAUUACAACCAGCAAAUACUGCUGGAAAUGACAUUAUGACAAUGGAUCCUGGAGCGAUGACCGAAGAACAGCAGUUGGAAUGGGCAUUGCGUAUGUCAAUGCAGGAAGGUACAGGUGCUGCUAGUUCCGCCACACUACAGACACCUUCCCAAAAUACCAUCACAACUGGUCAAUCGACAACGACAACUGAAAUGUCUGCAAUGGAAACUGCUACUGCUGCUCCACCGAAAGUAAAUCAGAGCGGUACUACCGAGCAGAUGGAAGUUGACGAUUCAGCGUCUACACAGGAUGCCACUAUGACUGAAGAUGAUCAACUUGGACAAUUAAUGAGUGAUCCUGAAUUACUUCGUCAACUUUUGGCGGAUCUACCAGGCGUAGAUCCAAAUUCGCAAGAAGUUCGUGAUGCGGUGAACAGUGCUGCCGCAGCAAAAGAAAAGAAAGAAGAUAAAGAUAAUCAGUCGACAAAAUAA